UAAAAUCCUCUUUUCCACAGCCCCCACGAAAUAGAUGUCCACCAAUUCUGCAGCCUCCCAAUUUUGGAUCCAUUUAUUGCACUUCCUCGACUCCAGCAACACCACCAACCCAUUCCUAUUCCCAUUUCCAAGAAAAACCAAAGGGACAACUUUCAUUCCCAUAAGCUGACAUGUCUUUCACCAUUACGCUACAGCUCACCACCGCAACACACGCAUAUUGCAAUGCAACAUUCAAGAAAAAUUCGUACUUUUCCAAAUUUCAAUCAAAACCAAUCUACCACAGUAACCCUUUAAUCCAAGUACUAUCUUUUCAAGAAAAGAUGAGUUCUUUACCCUUUUCGUCACCAAAAGGCAAUGGUACAAUCAAGAGUUCGUUGAUUGAUCCAGAUGGGGGCUCAUUGGUGGAUCUUGUGGUGCCUGAGAGCCAAAGGGCUGCUAAGAUUUCAGAGGCUGAGUCAAUGCCAAAGGUGAAACUCACAAAAAUUGAUCUCGAGUGGGUUCACGUGAUUAGUGAAGGUUGGGCUAGUCCACUCCGGGGGUUUAUGAGAGAAAAUGAGUAUUUGCAGAGCUUGCAUUUCAAUUGCUUAAGAUUGAAAGAUGGGUCCGUGGUUAACAUGUCCCUUCCUAUUGUAUUGGCAAUUGAUGAUGAGACAAAGGAAAAGAUUGGGGGGUCGACUGAUGUUGCACUGACUGGGCCUAAUGAUGCUUUGGUUGGCAUUCUUAGAAGGAUUGAAAUAUACAAGCAUCAUAAAGAAGAGAGAAUUGCCAGAACAUGGGGAACUAUUGCUCCAGGAUUACCUUAUGUUGAGGAGGUAAUUACUUCAGCUGGGAAUUGGCUUGUUGGUGGAGAUCUGGAAGUGUUAGAGCCUAUCAUAUAUAAUGAUGGUCUUGAUCGCUACAGGCUAUCCCCCCAACAACUACGCAAAGAAUUUGAUCACCGUCAGGCAGAUGCAGUUUUUGCUUUUCAGCUGAGGAAUCCUGUGCAUAAUGGCCAUGCUUUGCUUAUGAAUGAUACUCGCAGGAGACUUCUGGCAAUGGGGUAUAAAAAUCCAAUUCUUUUGCUUCAUCCUUUGGGAGGUUUCACAAAGGCUGAUGAUGUGCCAUUGGAUGUUCGAAUGGAACAGCAUAGCAAGGUCCUUGAAGAUGGAGUUCUUGAUCCUGCGACAACUGUAGUGGCCAUAUUCCCCUCCCCUAUGCAUUAUGCCGGACCAACUGAAGUACAAUGGCAUGCAAAGGCACGCAUAAAUGCUGGUGCCAACUUUUACAUUGUCGGACGUGAUCCAGCUGGUAUGGGGCACCCAACAGAAAAGAGAGACUUGUAUGAUCCUGAUCAUGGGAAGAAAGUUCUAAGCAUGGCCCCUGGUCUGGAAAAAUUGAACAUUUUGCCAUUCAGGGUGGCAGCAUAUGAUACUGUAGAGAGACGGAUGGCCUUUUUUGACCCAUCACGUGCUAAAGAUUUUCUUUUCAUCUCUGGAACCAAGAUGCGGGCUUAUGCCAGAAACGGAGAGAAUCCUCCUGAUGGAUUCAUGUGUCCUGGAGGGUGGGAGGUCUUGGUCAAGUACUACAAGAGCCUCCAAGCUCAGGAGGCUGAUGAAAAGCCGACAGUGCUGUCUGCUUAAAUUAGUUUUAUUGGAAAUAGUAGCAACGCGUGGUAACAUUGAAGUUUUCUGGAUGACCAUUCAAACCUAGAGGCAGUAUCCAAUUGCGGAUUGAAAACGAAGAUUGAGCAAUUUAUACAUCAGUGGCUUGCGCUCCUUUUCUUUGGAGUUUGACAUCAGCUAAUGUUUAGUUAUUUCCUUUAGUUGGCCUAAAAUGCAGGGAUUUAUGUCUAUUGUUAAUUGAUUUGAUAUAAAGGAGUUUUAGCUAAUUGCUCUCUCUCCUUUUAAUGGAGAUGCUGUGUAGUAUUUCACUAGUUAAUGAUAAAGCUUAGCAUCGGAUCGACACAGGGGCUGUGCGAGGUACUGUUCGUAAGCUCCUUCGAGCAUCAAAAGAGAAAAAAGAAAAGUGUUAAGUAAGAGUCGAGUCCAAGUGAUGACAAUCAAUUCUUCCACCUGUUUUGACUUCAUCACUUUAGACAGGCUUUCACGCUGUUGGAGAUUGGUAGUGUAAGUUGCUAUGACAAAUUAAAAAUGGCUUUGUUUCCAACCUUUA